AUGGAAAAUGUCUUGCCUCGUAUACUUGCCAUGCUAUGCUUAACCAGCGGUUGUUUCUUUGCUAGUACAAGUUUCUUGCCAAGUUCGUUCUCUAUGUAUGCUGUGACUGUAAAAGAUGCAGAUCUACAAAUUCACAGAAGUAAUUUUAGUAAUAUGUUGCAAACUGGGUUGAUUGUUGGAGGCUGGGACAAGUAUGAAGGGGGAAAGAUUUAUGGAGUUCCGCUUGGCGGCACAGUCAUAAAGGCGCCAUUUGCCAUUGGAGGUUCUGGCUCCAGUUACUUGUAUGGAUUCUUUGAUCAAGCAUGGAGAGAAGGAAUGACCAAGGACGAAGCGGAGAAGUUGGUUGUGAAGGCAGUUUUCCCUAGCCAUUGCAAGGGAUGGAGCUAGUGGUGGUGUUGUCCGCACUGUUGUGGUAUGUUUUGUAUGAAACACUAAUUGUGAUUAAGCACGUCCUAGCGUAUUUGUUUGCAACAUAAUGACCAUGAAUUGACCAUAGUUCCAUCUUCACUUCACUUCUAUUCUGUGUAAUGAAGAUGGAACUAUGUCUAAAUGUGAAUCCCAACUCAGUUGCUUACAUUUCUGACAGUACAUGGUGACAUGCAUAUUCUAGACACUGCUGUGGAUUUGCCUUCUGUGACUGAAAUUUUUGGGUCAAAAUAUUCAACUACUCUUCCUCUGCACUCGGCUAAGAUGUCAGGUAUGGUUUCUGGUUCAACAGAUGUAUAUUUUUUGGAGAAAAGUUGAUGGUAUUCGGGGCUAUACCUGUUAGAAAAGUCGUGCAGAAGUUUCAGAUAAUUAUGCAUUUUGUGGUAUUGAGGCUAGCUUAUGUUACCCAUAAUCCGAAAGUUGAUUUCAGCAUCUGUGUUUGUGUUUGUGUGUUGUGUGUGUGUGUGGAGACUGAUUGUUUUAGAUAGAUCGUUUGGUGUGUAUGGUUAACAUGAGUUGUAGUAUUACAGCGGUGGGCA